AUGGCGGAGCUGCAGCUGGACCCGGCGAUGGCGGGGCUGGGAGGGGGUGGCGGGAGCGGGGUGGGCGAUGGGGCUGGGCCGGGCCGCGGGCCCCCCAGCCCUCGCCCUGCCGGCCUCACGCCCCGCGGGCACGCCCGCUCGCCCGCCGCCGUCGCGCAGCCGCUGGAGCCGGGUCCCGGACCCCCCGAGCGGGCGGGGGGCGGCGGCGCGGCCCGCUGGGUGCGGCUGAAUGUAGGCGGCACCUACUUCGUGACCACCAGACAGACCCUAGGCCGGGAGCCCAAGUCGUUCCUCUGCCGCCUCUGCUGCCAGGAGGACCCGGAGCUGGACUCGGACAAGGACGAGACGGGGGCCUACCUGAUUGACAGAGACCCCACGUACUUUGGUCCUAUCCUCAACUACCUCCGCCACGGGAAGCUCAUCAUCACCAAGGAGCUGGCAGAAGAAGGCGUGCUGGAAGAGGCGGAAUUCUACAACAUCGCGUCCCUGGUGCGCCUGGUUAAGGAGAGGAUACGGGACAACGAGAACAGAACCUCACAAGGCCCCGUGAAGCACGUGUACAGAGUCCUGCAGUGCCAAGAGGAGGAGCUCACCCAGAUGGUCUCCACUAUGUCUGAUGGCUGGAAAUUCGAGCAGCUCAUCAGCAUUGGGUCUUCCUACAACUACGGGAAUGAAGACCAGGCCGAGUUCCUCUGUGUCGUCUCCAGAGAGCUAAAUAAUUCUACCAACGGCAUCGUCAUCGAGCCCAGCGAGAAGGCGAAGAUUCUCCAGGAGAGAGGAUCGCGAAUGUAAGCCGACAAUCUGAAACCCGAGUCCUGAACGUGAGAGCGAUGCAGCCAAGCACUUGUGUGAGGUCAAGUCCCGCUCCUGUACAGGGGCGGAGCUGCGCCAAGGCGGAGCUGAGCCUGGCCCCCAGCGCCCAGCUGGGCGAAAGCGAUGGAGCCCACCCCCCCCGCAGGACUCUGGAGACGACGCGACUCCUGGCUGCGGAGCAACUGUGCAGAAGCCUGCUUUGUUUUCGGGGCCAGUGUUAGGACAGGUCUUGUGACGGCAGCGGGGCUGCAUUCCCAGACAGAGCCUCUUGGGGAUCUGCCUGGCUCCUUGGAAGUGGGCUGGAGAAGGGAUUGCCGCCGUGCCGUGCCGUGCCGUGCCGUGUCUCCCCCGUGGGCCACGUUGGGCGGAGCAGCUGCUUUGGACACUCCCCCCGUGCACCCUCGGAGUCGUGCAGCAGGCGCAGAGGUUGGAGGGUCUUGGAUAAAGGGUAGAGUUGCCACAGUGACCCCACGUUGCCAUGAACAGCGCCCUCUGGGGAAAGCAAGCCGGGGCCGGGGGGGGGGCGAUGUCCUGCACCCGGGGCUGGACAUGGGUGAUGACUGCGCCCGAUGGAGGGUGACGGCUCCGCCUCCUUUGUCUCGGCAGCAGAGGCCCUCCGGACCCUUGCUUUCCCCCGCGGAGGGCGCUGGAGGCCAGCAGACGGGCGCCCCCACAGCCGUGCCUGCUCCUGCAGCCUUUUCCUGCCCGCUGGCCCUGGCUUCCUUCCUGGCUUUUCUAACAGCACCAAAGAGAAAGGACUUGUGGGCCUGUGGCUGGGGUGGGGAAGGCCGUUUGUUUGAAAGUCGCCAAAUGUGUAAUGUCGUUGUACCUAAAAGUGUUGUUUUUCUGUGAUUUUCUCUUGAAAA